AUGCAACUGUCAGACUCUUUAUCUGAUCUCACUGCUAUGCCAUCAUCUUCCCGUUCUCAAUCUAGAGCCUCCUCUUCCACUUCUGAUAUCUGUGCCCGUUUGGAUCGCCUUGAGACUCAAGUCUCAUCUAUUCAGAGGAACGUUAGGACUAUUCUAUCCUAUCAGCGUCAGUCUCUUGGGAUUCCGGAUCCCUCUUCCAGUUCUGAGUCUGGUUCUGAGGAGGACCCUGAGCGUCAGUCUCUUGGGAUUCCGGAUCCCUCUUCCAGUUCUGAGUCUGGUUCUGAGGAGGACCCUGCUGGUGGAUCUGAUUCUGGCUCUGAUGGUUCUGAGGAGGACCCUGCUGGUGGAUCUGAUUCUGGCUCUGAUGAUGAAUCUGCACCUGGCUCUGGUCCUGCUUCUAGUGAUGAUGGUGGUGAUUGA